GCCCACCCAUCUGAAUCCCUCCACGUUUACAAUCAUCUCGAAGGAUUUCCACUACUUCUAACUUCAAAGUAGCAUCCCGUUUGAUCCUCGGUAUAUAGUCUGUAAACUUCAAGUCUGUACCAUAUUCUUGCUACAGCUGAAGCCUGAAGCACCGAGGCGCCGAUGCCUGCACUCAACAAGAAUAAUUCCGCUGUGAAGCGGAUAAUGCAAGAGGCCAGGGAACUCGCCAACGAUCCCUGCACCGAUUACCAUGCAGUUCCUCUCGAGGAUGAUAUCUUUGAAUGGCAUUGUACACUUCGUGGCCCCGCUGGUACAGAAUUUGAAGGUGGUCUGUAUCAUUUCCGGAUAGUUCUUCCAGCAGAAUACCCCUUCCGACCGCCUUCCCUAAUGAUGCUUACGCCCAAUGGACGGUUCGAUCUAAAUACCAAGAUAUGCAUCAGCUUUACAAACUACCAUGAAGAGGAAUGGCAGCCAGCAUGGGGUGUUCGCACAGCCAUAAUUGGACUCCAAGGAUUUUUCCCUCUGAAGGGUCAGGCAGCUACCGGUGUUGGUUCUGUCGAAUAUCCCCUAUCGGAACGCAAGCGUCUGGCACAAUUGUCACGGGAGUGGGUUUGCCCACAAUGUAAUCAGUGUAAUCUAGAGCAUCUCCCUGAUCCCAAGGAGGGGCCGUCUAAGAAUGCAAACGUACUGUCUCUGCCGUUAAGUCUACCUGCCGACACCGCGGACGUCGAAGUUGUUCAAGACGGCUCGACGGCCACUCCCGUCCGUCAGUCCGAUAGGAUUGAAGAAGAGCGACAAGUCCACAUGCAUGGAACUGCGCAACUCGCACAUCGUAGUUCACACCGGCCUCCGCUAAUUCUUGAUACCGCGAUUUGUGUACUACUUGUUUUGGUUCUAGCGUUACUCUGUCGUCGAGUUUUGUGAUCUGAGGUAUGACGCGCUAGUAAUAUAUUUCGUAUUCGGAACUUUGUUAGUAUAAUCCUGUACGUUCUAGAUGGAUUUCCUGACACAGGUUUCAUUUCUAAGUAUUUUCCGAGGAUUCGAUCAUUAUGUUAACACAGAUUUGUCAUCGACCCUAGCUGUGCGGGGAUUCCCUGGGGAAGUGCUGCGUGCCGGCGACUUGUUGGCAGUUGCGCCCUUGGUGGAACCAAC